AACGUUUAAAAGUCACAAUCCGAAUCCCGGUCUAAAAUACAGGUCGAAUAUCGAAUCCAAAUUUUAAUCUUUUGUUAAAAGCCACGCCAAUCCGGUCAACAACGAUCCAAAGAUGUCCGAUCAUUUCAACUUCAACGAAGCCUUCAACAGCCAGACCAUGCGUGGUCGCGCCAAUGUAGCCAAGGCCACCUGGGCCUCGUUGGGACUCGUCUACGUCCUGGUCAAGAUGCACCGCCGCAACACGAAGCGGCGCGAGACCAAGCUCUACUGCAAGGGCUGCCAGCAGGCCAUGCUCCAUGGCUAGGGCGCCGAUGCUGCCAAAUCAUUGAAGUCAUGGCUCCCCACCGCUCCGACCCAUUCGACCCGUCAGCAAUCCAUAACUAUUUAUAAUCAGCACCCCCUUUCCGGUCCUCGAUGCCACAGUUAAAGGCUUGGGGACCAAACUCAUGUACCACCUCGUUGAGUCAAUAAAAAUCGAAUCCUGCC